AUGAUUUUAUAUUUUUCCUUCAUUUUUUCCUUUCAACUAACUAAUUAAUUUUAAUAUUUUCAUCAAUAUUUAAAAAGUUACAAUCAGAUUGGUGCGAUUGGGGCAUCAGGUUUAGGUUCUGGUUUAGGAAAGUGCACUAAUCUCUCAAAUUUGACACUUCAUCUUCAUUUCAAUAAAAUUGGAAAUGAAGGAGCUUUAGGCUUAGGUUCUGGUUUAGGAAAUUGCACUAAUAUCUAAAAUUUGACACUUGAUCUUUAUGGUAACGAAAUCAAUAAAUAACAAUAAUAAUAACUGAAAGUAAAGUGUCUUCAAUCAAAAAGAUUAGUUGUAUUAAAAUUAAAAAAUUGGUGA